AUGCGUGUCCCCGCUGGCGCACCUGUGCCGUUCUGGCUCGGUAUGAAAAAUAGGUUUCCUGCUCUGACCAAGUUUUCGAAACCCUCUCUUGGAACUGUCGGUGUUGCUUGUACAAUCCUCAUCACUGGAUUCGCUAUUUAUGCUGUGGGUGUAUAUCCCAAAAUACACAAUGAUUAUUACAAGAAAGCUCAAGCUGAGGAAAGAGCUCAACUCAAAUGGAAUAAGGAAGAGUUGGCUCAGGGUCAACGCGUUUGGUCAGAUCCCUUUGGAAAGAAAUAA